UCAGAUCACCGAAGCAGAGGGCUCAGAGUGGUGUUUGUGACUGCUGGGAUUACUUUUCCUAAGGACUUUGCAGUUUUCUUUUUCGCCUUUUUUUUUUUUUUUGAGGGGGAAUUUCACUGCCUCCCGAAGGUCUUGGACGAGCGCUCCGGCUCUGUGGGAAGGUUUUGGGCUGUCUGGCUCGGAUUUUGCGAUUUCUCCUUGGGGACUGUCGUGGAGCUGCGUCCACUGUGGAUUAUAACUGCAACAUGACGCUGGAAGAGCUCGUGGCGUGCGACAACGCGGCACAGAAGAUGCAGACGGUAACUGCCGCGGUGGAGGAGUUGCUGGUGGCCGCGCAGCGCCAGGACCGACUCACAGUGGGGGUGUACGAGUCAGCCAAGCUGAUGAAUGUGGACCCAGACAGUGUGGUCCUAUGCCUCCUGGCCAUUGAUGAGGAGGAGGAGGACGACAUCGCCCUUCAAAUCCACUUCACGCUCAUCCAGUCCUUCUGCUGUGACAACGACAUCAACAUUGUGCGGGUGUCAGGCAUGCAACGCUUGGCACAGCUGUUGGGGGAACCUGCUGAGACCCAGGGCACCACUGAGGCCCGAGACCUGCACUGCCUCCUGGUCACGAACCCUCACACAGAUGCCUGGAAGAGCCACGGCUUGGUGGAAGUGGCCAGUUACUGCGAGGAAAGCCGCGGGAACAACCAGUGGGUCCCCUACAUCUCCCUCCAGGAACGCUGAGGCCCUUCCCAGCAUCAGAACCUGUUGAGUUGCUGCCAAAAAUAAAAUAAAAUAAAUAUUUGACCCCCUCCCCCCAAGAACAACCCCAAACCAACACAACCCAUGAGAACAUGGGGGCAGAGUCUUUGGAGACUAAGGAGGAGGAGAGGGGAGUGUGUGACCAUCCCCAGGGCCGCCAGGAGCAGAGCCAGAGGUUGCUGUGGCCACCAGGCGAGGAGAAAAGGGCACCCAGGCCCAGCAGGAGAUGGGACCCUGGAGCUCAGGCCUUGUGAAGGAGCAGAAGCAGGAAUAGGGGAGCUGCCACCUCCCCCAUCACAGAGGGUCCGGACUUCACACCUCCAGGGUAGGGUGAGACUUUGUCUCCCACCCUUGAGACUGGAGCUGACGUCUGCAGAUGAGAGACUUGGCUGACUGAGGGCUUGCACCCUCUACAGGACUACACUUUGGACUUGGGAGCUGGGGCUAUUGUUUCUCUGUGCCCAUGAACUCCCAGUUUGCAAAUGAUACAGACAAUCUAUUUUGUUACUUGCACUUGCUACUCAAACCACUGAAAGAGAGAUGGGAAGCUUAGAGAUACAUCUAUUUUUAUUUCUACUAUGAUGGCCUUAUAAUAAACUUGUAAAGCUUCUG